AUGAGAAAUGAAACAGUGAUAUUAGUCAAGUCUACAUUAGAGAUGUCUGAAGUUAUCCAAGAAUUAAUGACCAAACUAAUAUUAAUGCGCAUAACUGUGAUACAUACAGAAAUAGCCAGUAAAUAUAGCGUAGAGAAAGUUUCUAUUCUAGAAGAUGAUUUCGCCGUCCUGAUUAAUUCUAACCAUCCGUCCUUAAAGAAACAGUUCAGUGAUAGUUUGCAGGAAGCGGCCGUUCACACUGCUAAAAACAGUCGAUUCUGUUUAGAGAUAGAUUUGACAGAAACUAUGAAAUCGUGGUACACAGAAAACCGUGACGCAUUCACUAGUUGUGAUGACAUACAUUCCAUGAAGAUGAGAAGAACACGCCUUUACGUCACCAAUUAUUCCAUAUAUAGUCAUUAUUUUGACUGUAGUCCGAAAUGGAUUAUAUUUUUAGGGUUAUGUUGGUUGGUUUCAGCUCCGUGCUAUUUUAUAUUUAGAAAACUAACAUGUUCAGAUAUCCGUGUGGUUAUUAAUGGGGAAAUAACUCUAAUGACUAAUAUGUUACCAGAUAAAUCAGAGAGUACCAGGAGUCAUGAGUUACGGGCAGUUCCUUGGGCUUACUACACAUUGAUAUCUUAA